GCACCCCGCGACGAUAUCGGGGUAGAAAUAUCCCGUGGACUGUACUUCAAAAGAGAGUUCGCCUCAAUUGAUUCCUGUUCGCUGUCUUGCAUCUUUGUUGUUCAUCAAUUCCUUCUUCCCCCUCACAAUAACUCAUCAUGUCUAAGGUCGCAUCUACCUUCUCGCGCCUCGUGCGCUUCGUUCCCAAGUCGAACCCUGCUAAGGUUCUGAUCGGUGAGCCCGUCGAUGCCGCAGUGGAUGUUGGAUUGGCCGUCUACCAGGGCAAGGAUGUCGCUGUGCGCCCCUUCUCCGGUAGCUCCGUCCUCAACCCCGGCCAGAAGACCGACACGACCGAGACCAUUGAGCGCGUGCUUUCGCCUUUGGCACAGAGCGAAGUCGGAUCCAUCCGAUGCAUUGGACUGAACUAUGUCUCCCACGCUGCUGAGAUGAAGCUGUCCAUCCCCGAUGUUCCUACUCUUUUCAUGAAGCCCUCGACUGCUCUGUCCGACCCCUGGCCCGCCCCGACCGUUCUGCCCAAGCUCACCCAGAUUGACAACACGGGUGACUACGAGUCGGAGAUGGUCAUUGUGAUCGGCCGCGAUGCGAAGGAUGUCAGCGAGGCUGAGGCCCUGGACUACGUGCUCGGAUACACCGCGGCCAACGAUAUCUCUAGCCGCACCUACCAGAUGAACCAGAGCCAAUGGUGCUUCUCCAAGGGCUUCGACACCUCCUGCCCAAUCGGUCCCGUCCUCGUUUCCGCCGCUCAGGUCCCCGAUGCCAGCAAGUUCCACAUUCGUGGAUCGAAGAACGGAAAGGUCCUUCAGGACUGCCCCUUGACUGAUCUGAUCUUCAACGUGCCCCAGCUCGUCAGCUUCCUGUCCCAGGGCACCACCCUGCCUGCGGGAACUAUCAUCCUCACCGGUACUCCCCCCGGUGUUGGCGCCGCCAAGAACCCCAAGGAGUUCUUCAAGCAUGGCGACGAGUUCGCCGUCGAGCUGCAGCCCCACGUCGGCACCCUCAUCACGAAGAUUGAAAACCAGGCAUGAAUAUGAUAAUGGUACUAUGAGACGGGCGGGGAUUUACGGAUUAUGAUGAGCCAUAUUACAAGAAUAGCAUAGAGAUGUAUAUACUGUACGGAUACCAAUGAACAGGUUCAUUGUUCCAAUACAUACAUGCGUACCUAUAGUUAAGCCAGGUGACAUGUCCUAUGAUGCAAGGAGUUAUCACAUUGUCGCAAUCAUCCUCCGAGAAUGACAACAAACCCAACAAGACGUAGGUGGGAGGCAAACCACCCACAUCCACACCCCACGCUGACUAAUGUCCCCACAAUCAGCCACUUCUCAAGCUUUUGCCCAGCACUGCCCAUGAAUUCAGUAGUCUAGCUGCUGCAGGCCGGAAGACAAGAAGCAAGGAGAAGAAGGCAGCUGACAAGGAGGAAAGGAAAUAAGCCUGGAACUUAACGCACCUAGGUUCAAGUCAAACCUCAGGCACUAAAUACAGAAUCCUUAAACACCCAGAAACCGCCAUGGAAACAACAACAACAAAAAUCCGUAUAAUCGAAGUAGUCUUCUUCCCCGUGUAACUCCUUACCCAUCCCUUCACUACCAUCACUCCAUAGAUGGAUAAACGAAACUCGUCCUCAAAAUGCAAAGCUACUCAGAGACCGAACCACG